ACAUAACCUCACAAAAUUCAAAAAGUGUUGCUCCCACUUUUAAGCUUACAUGCAUGCAGGCCAGCGCAGUAAACAAAAUCUAUCAUGCUGGAUCGGUAGCUGGGCGCUGCUUCGCAAAACUAAACCGUAAUUUUAGAUUAUAAGCGAAUCCCUGCGAGGAACCACCAUGGCCGUGUACCACGACGAGGUCGAAAUCGAGGACUUUGAGUACGACGAGGAGGACGAGAUGUACUACUAUCCGUGCCCGUGCGGGGACCGGUUCCAGGUUAGCCGGGAGGAGCUGGAGGCCGGGGAGGAGGUCGCGACGUGCCCGAGCUGUUCGCUGAUCGUGAAGGUGAUUUACGACCCGGAGACGUUUCAGGCGGGCCAGGACGAGGUGGAGGUGGGCUCGUCGAAGGGGGGAUCGUCCAAGGAGAAGGAGGUUAGCAGUGAGUGAGGCGAGGAGAGGGAGGUUAGUGUUUGUAAAUAGUGAGGCGAUGACUAAGCUUAAGGACUUUCGGACAAUGGCUUUUAACGCUGGUUUAAUAAUUUUCUCAGUUUUGUAUUAUUCGAAAAUACUAUCAAAAUGAACAAUUUGCGUUGAAAAUAUGUUUAAAGUUAAAGAGGUACGUACGAAUAAAGAGAGUCAAAACAAAAAAAAA